CUCGGAGCGCAGGUUUCUGCCAUGGACUUCGGCCGUCUUGGCCAGCCGCCGAGCAGAGCCAUUUUGGAUCAGCGGGUUUGUUUCACCGCGCGGCGUCCGCGCAUUGAGGCCGCAAUGGCGCCCAAGAAGGCUGAAGGCGGCGAGGCGAAGGCAAAGGGAGCCAAGAAGGCCUCUAAGGUGUCAAAGGCCGUGAAGCAGAGCGUGUCGCGAAAGGUCAAGAAGACGCGCACGAACGUGCACUUCUUUAGGCCCAAGACCUUGCUCACCAAGCGGGCCCCAAAGUACGCCCGCAAGUCCGUCGCGGCCCGCGACAAGAUGGACAAGUACCGGAUCAUCGAGUGCCCCGUCACCACGGAGUCGGCCAUGAAGAAGAUCGAGGAGAUCAACACCCUCGUCUUCCUGGUGGACAUCCAGGCCAGCAAGUCGAAGAUCAAGGAGGCCGUCAAGCAGAUGUACGACGUGCAGUGCGCGAAGGUGAACACGCUCAUCCGGCCAGACGGCAAGAAGAAGGCCUACGUCCACCUGACCGCCGACUACGACGCCCUGGACGUGGCGAACCGCAUCGGGAUCAUCUGAAGCAGAAAACACUGGCCCAGCAUCGAAGAACAGUAGAGAUUUGGACAGGCUGGACAACCAGACGCCUCUUGACCGUGACCGUGUGUGGGUCAGCGCGGUCUGGCGUGCGUCGAUGGGACUACCAAUUACUGCUGCCUUGACCUGCUCGUCCUUCGCCCGUUGCUUUGCUUUGUCAGCCAGAAUGGCUUACGUCGCUACAACUGGGCCAGGCUCCCAUAGCAGGGGGGCGGGGCCGGUCACGGGCGCUGUCGCGAAUCAUUGAAAGUGGGUUCUGGUCGAUGCUUGGAGAGUGAUCAAGAAGGCUGGGUGUGCAGCAAGUCCAUUCCUCAGCCACGGGCGCACGGCGAUCUCGAGCGAGCGCGGCUCUGGCGCGGGCGCGGCCGUGGCCGAAAA